CAAGAACGGCCGAAGCUGCCGCUGAGAGGACCGGAAAUCCUCGCGCGUUGUGUUUCAGUGAUGUAGAGAAAAAAAAGGAGUUGCUCUUUAAUAAAAAAAAAAACAGCAGGACCCAUGACCCUGACACGAGGUUCCUUCAGCUACUCCAACGGCGAGGAGUACCACGGCGAAUGGAAAGAAGGUCUGCGUCACGGCCUCGGUCAGCUGACCUUCAGCGACGGGACGUGCUACACGGGACAGUUUGAGAACGGCCUCUUCAGCGGCUGCGGGGUGCUGGUCUUCCCCGACGGCUCCAGGUAUGAGGGGGAGUUCGUUCAGGGCAAGUUUCACGGCGCCGGCGUCUUCGCUCACUUCGACGGGACGAGAUUCCAAGGAGAGUUCAGGAGCGGCUGUGUGGACGGUUACGGGGAGCUGAUGUUUUUGGACGGAGGUCCUGGCGGCGGCGGAGGUCCUGGCGGCGGCCAUGAAGGCCUGUUUGAGACCAACCAGCUGACGAGGAGGGCGAACAGCCAGGGAGCCGUGCAGAGAGCGCAGGCGGCAGCCGCCACGGCCCGAACUCUGGCCAUGUGA